GCACCAUGACUCCCACGAGGAGCCAGCUCUCGUUGGCGGGGCAGACCUAUGCGGUGCCCCUCAUCCAGCCAGACCUGCGGCGGGAGGAGGCCAUCCAGCAGGCGGCGGAUGCCCUGCAGUACCUACAGAAGGUCUCUGGAGACAUCUUUAGCAGGAUCUCUCAGCGAGUAGAGCUCAGCCGGAGGCAGCUGCAGGCCAUUGGAGAGAGGGUCUCCUUGGCCCAGGCCAAGAUUGAGAAGAUCAAGGGCAGCAAGAAGGCCAUCAAGGUGUUCUCCAGUGCCAAGUACCCAGCUCCAGAGCGCCUGCAGGAGUACGGUUCCAUCUUCACGGGAGCCCAGGACCCCGGCCUGCAGAGACGCCCCCGCCAUAGGAUCCAGAGCAAGCACCGCCCCCUGGAUGAGUGGGCCCUGCAGGAGAAGCUGAAAUACUUCCCUGUGUGUGUGAACACCAAGCCAGAGCCUGAGGAUGAGGCCGAGGAGGGGCUCGGGGGCCUUCCCAGCAAUAUCAGCUCCGUCAGCUCCUUGCUGCUGUUCAACACCACUGAGAACCUGUACAAGAAGUAUGUCUUCCUGGACCCCCUGGCUGGUGCUGUUACAAAGACCCACGUGAUGCUGGGGGCAGAGACCGAGGAGAAGCUGUUCGAUGCCCCUUUGUCCAUCAGCAAGAGGGAGCAGCUGGAGCAGCAGGUUCCAGAGAACUACUUCUAUGUGCCUGACCUGGGCCAAGUGCCUGAGAUUGACGUGCCAUCCUACCUGCCCGACCUGCCAGGCAUCGCCGAUGACCUCAUGUACAGUGCUGACCUGGGCCCUGGCAUUGCCCCCUCUGCCCCUGGCACCAUUCCAGAGCUGCCCACCUUCCACACAGAGGUGGCUGAGAUUUUCAAGCCGGACCCAGAUGAUAGGGUGCUAACAGCACCCCCACCACCGCCGCCGCCACCCCCGCCUCCCCCAGCUCCGCCUGUGCUGGUCAGUGCUCCCCCACCCCCACCCCAGCCCAUGGCCUCCCCAGGCCAAGGUGCCAGGGAGGACAGCAGUGGCAGCGUGUCUCCUUUAGCUACAGUCCAGGGAGCUCCCAAGGAAGUGGUGGACCCCUCCAGUGGCCGGGCCACUCUGCUGGAGUCCAUCCGCCAGGCUGGGGGCAUCGGCAAGGCCAAGCUCCGCAGCGUCAAGGAGCGCAAGCUGGAGAAGAAGAAACAGAAGGAGCAGGAGCAAGUGAGAGCCACAAGCCAAGGUGGAGACCUGAUGUCGGAUCUCUUUAACAAGCUGGUCAUGAGGCGUAAAGGUAUCUCCGGGAAAGGACCUGCAACGGGGGCCAGUGAGGGACCAGGAGGAGCCUUUGCCCGAAUGUCAGACUCCAUCCCGCCUCUGCCUCCCCCACAGCAGCCACCUGGAGAGGAGGAUGAGGACGACUGGGAAUCCUAGGGGCUCAGCCACUCCUUCCCCACCAAAACCCAGAUUUACUUAUUGCCCUCACAUGGACACGACCGGGAUAAGCUGCCUGGCCUGUGGGUCUCUCGGCCCCUGCUGCCUGUGGAAGAACGGGCAUCGUGGAGGACUGUCCCAGGCCUGUGCCUGGACCUUCUUCAAGGAGAGCGGUGGCCAGCUUCUGAGGCCAAAUGGCAGGGAGGGGGGAGCCCUUGCUCUGCCUGAGCUCUCCUCCAGCUACAGACUGAAAUAAACACAUGGAUCAAUAAAGCAGUAUCAUACAAGAACCGA